AUGGACAUGAUGGGCAACAAAGAGCGACGAGGCGUGAAUUUCAAAGGCUUACUGAAGAGGAACUGGCUUCUGAUUGCCACGGUUUUAUCAGUGCUGCUCGGGAUCAGUUUGGGCGUGGUGGUCAGAGAGUAUGCCUCCCUCUCCCAUCUCCACAAGCAGUAUUUUGGCUUCCCAGGAGAGAUCCUAAUGCGAAUGCUGAAGCUUGUCAUCCUUCCACUCAUCAUUUCAAGCAUGAUAACAGGUGUUGCAGCCCUGGACUCUGAGGUAUCAGGAAAGAUCGGUCUGCGAGCUGUCAUUUAUUACUUCUCAACAACUAUCAUUGCAGUUAUUCUCGGGAUUAUUUUGGUGAUGACUAUCAAACCAGGAGUGUCUCAGACAGCUGAGCACAUUGACAGAGCCGGGACCACGCCCAAUGUCACAACAGUUGACACACUUUUGGACCUCCUAAGAAACAUGUUUCCUGAAAAUUUGGUGCAGGCUUGCUUUCAGCAGUACAAGACCAAGCGUAAAGAGCUAGAGCCUCCGAAAGUGAUAUCCAACACCACCACUAUUCCACCUCUCUCAACUACCAUCAUGUCUGUGGUGGAGAAUAUAACCAAGGACUAUAAAAUCGUUGGGACAUAUUCGGAUGGAAUAAACGUAUUGGGGCUUAUAGUUUUUUGUGUUGCUUUUGGCCUGGUCAUUGGGAAGAUGGGCGAAAAAGGCCGUAUCCUCCUGGAAUUUUUUGAUGCCCUAAAUGAAGCAACCAUGAAACUGGUCCAGAUCAUUAUGUGCUACAUGCCAGUAGGGAUCCUGUUCCUAAUUGCUGCUAAGAUCAUCGAGGUGGAAGACUGGGAGAUCUUCAGGAAGAUGGGUCUUUAUAUGGUGACAGUGCUGAGUGGUCUAGCUAUCCACGCCACUGUGUGUCUGCCGCUGAUUUUCUUUGUCAUUGUGAGGAAGAACCCGUACACAUUCACACUGGGAAUGGCUCAAGCUCUGGUCACAGCACUCAUGAUCUCCUCCAGCUCUGCCACUUUGCCUGUCACCUUCCGAUGUGCCGAGGAGAACAAUCGCAUCGACAAACGGAUCACCCGUUUCGUCCUUCCAGUGGGCGCCACCAUUAACAUGGACGGCACGGCGCUCUACGAGGCAGUGGCCGCCAUCUUCAUCGCCCAGCUGAAUGACUACACUCUGGAUGUGGGUCAGAUUGUUACUAUCAGUAUAACAGCAACAGUUGCCAGUAUCGGAGCAGCAGGAGUCCCUAACGCUGGGCUUGUCACCAUGGUGAUAGUCUUAACAGCUGUUGGAUUACCUGCAAGUGAUGUCACUUUGAUAGUCGCUGUGGAUUGGCUGCUGGACCGGUUCCGCACAAUGAUCAACGUUCUCGGUGAUGCUUACGGCGCCGGUAUUGUCCAGAAGCUAUCCAAAAGGGAACUGGAGAGGAUGGAUCUGACAUCGGACGUGGAUGUCGCCAACCCCUUUGCCCUGGAAGCCACUUUAGAUGAUGAAGAGUGUGAGAAGAAAUCCUACGUCAACGGAGGCUUCACCGUCGACAAGACGGAUGCAAUCUCCUUCACUGAAACCUCUCAGUUUUAGCCUCUGGCUGGCUCAUAGGAGCAGAGAAAGUGCCACGCUGCUAUGGAUGUCAAACGGAAAACCUUCCAUCACGUAUCAGUGCCAUGACGAGAGAGGAAAACUAUCCAACCAGACCCAUUCGAGCUCAGACAUCAGCAAUAGCAGCCUCCAUUAAGCUUACCCGAGACGAUCACCCUCCAUGUCGGACAUUUACAACCACG